AUGGAGUGUUUUCUCAUGUGCAGUGAUAAAACUCACGGUCGUAUUUUCUUGCCUGACCAAAAAGCAGUCACAGUUGGACGAACACCUGUGACAAAAAUUACGGAUAAGAAAGUAUCUAGGAAACAAGGUACAGGUUACUAGGUAUUGUACACACGUACAGCAGUAGCUUUAAAUUCUUAUUCUUUGCGCCGUGUUUAUUCUACCCAGACUGGAAAUUUAAAUUUGCUGUAAACUGGCGUAAUGUAAAUAUGAAACGCUUUGUUUAGUUUACAUAUUUACAUUUUGAACUGCUAGCUAUAUUUGACAUUUGUAAAAUAUGAUCUACGUAUACUAUAUUAAUCAAAUGAGAAAAUAUGACUCAGCAAUAUGACAAUGGAGAUCUAGUUAUUUUAAAUCUUAUAAGAAUGCAAACAUUAUUUCAACUCUUGCAAAUAUAAUUAUAUUGUUUUGGUUGUACAGCUUGUACUGUAUUUUAUCUCUAGUUGAGCUGACUGCAGAUUACGAAAAACAAACCGUUUUUGUGAAACAGGUGAGUAAACAAGUGAUAAACUCAAUUUAAAACCGAAUGAUAUAAACAGCAGUUUCAGUAUAGGAAAGCAUUAAGUGCUGUUUAAAACACGAGCAGAGUGUUUUAUCAGAUAUAACGUCCUUAGGUCUGAUAAAACACUCCUGCUUGUGUUUUAAAUUGCUUCAAAAACGAUCGAUCUUAAGGGCGGAUUUUCAUUUAUUUAAAAGGAGGGGUAGAAAAAUUUCUGGUGGGGUGCAAGCAGCACCACUCGGUGAGCUUCAGCAGAGGUUAGGUGUUUAGGUUAAAGCCUUUCACACAAAAUUUUGGUGGGGUUGAGCACUUUAUUAGAGGGGUUAGAGAGAUUCUAGGGGGUUUAACCCCACCUAACCCCUCCCCCAGUAAAUAUGCCCAUGAUCGAUCCAGUAAGUUCAUUGGCGAAGUAAUUUCCAACAAAUACGUUGUGUAAGUCGAAAAAAUCAAAGUUAAAAUUUAUGUAAAUCAAGGGAAAUCUCUAUCACAUAUAAAGAUACGACACGCUUAUGAUUUUUCUUUGUGUUUUCCUCAUGAAUUAUGAUUUUUGAAGUACUAUUUAAAACACGAGCGCUUUAUCAGAUAUAAAACGCGAGAGCACAGCUCGAGUGUUUUAUAUCUGAUAAAGCACGUACUGGGAGUGUUUUAAAUGCUUAAAAAACGAGCAAUCUAAACAGUUCAUUGGCGAAGUAAUUUUAAAAAUAAACGUUGUCUAAAAGAACAUGAUUUUUUAUCACAUAUAAAUUACACCCGUUUUCAAAAUUACGCGACCAAGGACGAAAAUGCUAGAGUUGACAUGUCAGUUUUAUGUCAUUCGGUCACGAAGUUUAAACUUCGAGUUUUGCGGUUCCUUGUCGAUGUAUAUAUGCUUUGUAUGCUUUAUAUAAACAGGCUUACAAUGAUUUUCAAGAUAUUUUAGUGAGAAUUAUUGCAAAAUUUAAGCACAAACAAAAUCAUAACAUAUCGUUAUAGUCUAGCGCGCGUGUUUUAUACGGACAGCUAAAUUCCAGGAUAAAUUGUUAUUUUUCAAACUUUAAAAGUUAUUCACGGCACAUAUUUCUGUUGUGAUGGUUUGUAUUGUGCUUUAGAUGGUAUAUCCAAGUUAUCUAGCUCAUUUUUGUUCAGUUUUGGUAUUAAAUACGAUUUAAAAUGUCUUUUGCCAGUUUGUUUACGUUUGCUAUUUUUAGCAGUUUUUGUGACAUAAAACUGACAUUUGAAGUAAGAGUAUUUUUCAGGGAGAUCGCGUAAUUUUGAAAAUGGGUGUAAACCACCUACAUGAAUUAUUAAUGAGUUUUUUAAAAAUAUUUAUGUUAUGUUUGUAGCUCGGUGUGAACCCAAGUACUGUCGGAGACACGUCUUUGUCCCAACAUAAAACACACACGCUCGGUCCAGGAGGGAAAAUAAACCUUCUCGCUGCUAAAUAUGAACAUUUUGUUUAUUUUACGAAACAAGGCGAAAAUACCAGUAGUAAAGACUUGUUAGACGAUAAAAAUUUAAACCAAAAACGUAGACAUGAACCAGACUCGGGACAGAGCGGUGUUCGACCAUUUAAAAGACAAAAAACGGCUGAAAAUAAAUCGAGAAUUGAAACUAGCAAACUUGAUGUUGAAUUAAAUGAAAAUAAAGAUGAUAUAAACGAUCUUAAAGCAGAAUUUGGCGAGAAAAUAAUUGAGGCAAUCAAUAAUUCGCAAGAUGGAGUGGAUUCGGAGGUUGCGAAAAGUUCGCCAACUGGUAAAGUAGAUGCUCAGGUUGAACCAUCAAAAUGUUCUCAAUGGGAUGAAGGCUCGUCUGGUACGCUUUUGAUACACAGCUCUGCCGGUCUUAUGGCUAGAGAAAAGGUACAGUCUAUGUAAUAAUUAUGAAACAGUUAGGCCAUGCUUACACUUUUGUGGAUGGCUUUCCGUAGCGACGUAAAAAACCCCACUUAGGCUAUGUUUACAUUGUAUCGGAUCGGUUUUUGCUUCGUUCACGAAACGUUACGGCCCAAGUGUAAACAGCUUCCGCCCUCGCCCAACUAAAUACAAAAAUAUUAUAAGUGAGCAAGCUAUACCCGCAAAUAAGAUUAGAAUAGCAAGUCUUUGUUUCCCUGAUGCCAUCUUGAGUCACGCAUUGAACCGAAAAUUGCCCCGAUUGGUGUUUACAUUGCAAUGAGAGCGUUGCAAAAACCGAUCCGAUACACGGCGCACCACUUCGAAGAGCGAACCGCCGCACCACCGGUUCGUUGCAGAAAUUGAGACGAUAACAACAUUUCAUAUGUAAACAGAAGCCCUAUCCGGUAUGGUUUUUGCGUCGGACGCAAAGUGAUCCGAUACAAUGUAAACAUAGCCUUAUCCGUACCUUUUAGGAACGCUAUUUUCAGAGGAAUUAUCGCGAUGGAGAGAUGUUGUUUCGCUCAGCUUCUGAUAGUUGUACAUAUCGUAUCGGACAUAGGUGCUUUUUCGCAUCGCUACGGAAAGCUAUCUGGUAUAGUAGAAGCGUAACCUUCAGUGACCACUGGACCAUACACAAAUUUGCCGAUUUCGUCCAUCCAGUUCACUGCGAACUAAAUAGGCUAAAAAGUUGCACGAACGUCGAAAAUAAACCAGUAUUGAAAAAAAAGUUGACAUAAUUUAUGGACGUGCUCAUGAAUUAUUAACGAGUUUGAGAAUGCCUGUUUCAUUGAUAUGUUUUCGUUUGUUCCAAUGUCCUUGCGUGUAUCAUUAAGGUGGCAUCUUUUGAUCUUGACGGAACCAUCAUUACUACUAAAUCUGGCCGUGUGUUUGCUACUGGACCCGAGGACUGGAAGUAAGUUGAACUAAAUAAUAAAUCAUGGUUAUUUUAACACUGGAUCAAAAAGAUAUUGUCCUUACUGGACUUCUAGGGAGAACAGUUUAGAAUUGAUAGAGCUAUCCAGUAUAAAUAAAGUUAGUUUAGUUUAGGUUUUCUCCUGUAGUAACACUGGAUCAAUAAGAGAUGAUGCUUACUGGACCUCUAGGAAGAACAGUUUAGAACUGAUAGAGCUAUCCAGUAUAAAUAAAGUUAGUUUAGUUUAGGUUUUCUCCUGUAGUAACACUGGAUCAAUAAGAGAUGAUGCUUACUGGACCUCUAGGAAGAACAGUUUAGAACUGAUAGAGUUAUCCAGUAUAAAUAAAGUUAGUUUAGUUUAGGUUUCCUCCUGUAGUAACACUGGAUCAAAAAGAUACUGUCCUUACUGGACCUCUAGGGAGAACAGUUUAGAACUGAUACAGUUAUCCAGUAUAAAUAAAGUUAGUUUAGUUUAGGUUUCCUCCUGUAGUAACACUGGAUCAAUAAGAGAUGAUUGUUACUGGACCUCUAGAAAGAACAGUUUAGAACUGAUAGAGCUAUCCAGUAUAAAUAAAGUUAGUUUAGUUUAGGUUUUCUCCUGUAGUAACACUGGAUCAAUAAGAGAUGAUGCUUACUGGACUUCUAGGGAGAACAGUUUAGAACUGAUAGAGCUAUCCAGUAUAAAUAAAGUUGGUUCAGUUUAGGUUGGUUUCUUCCUGUAGUAACACUGGAUCAAUAAGAGAUGAUCCUUACUGGACCUCUACGUAUGCUCUAGGUAGAACAGUUUAGAACAUGAUAAAGCUAUCCAGUAUAAAUAAAGUUGGUUACUGGAUGGUUACUGUAUAUUAUAUAUCAUUGGUUUCCACAGAAUAAAAUAUCCAGAAAUUCCAGGAAAAUUACAGUCAUUACAUAAAGAUGGUUUUAAGGUAUGGCUUCUACUUUUUUUCAUUUUGCUGAAAUGAAAAAAGUGCGCCCAUCCAUGGCAACGUUUCUAAUUUUGAUUUUUCUUUUCUUUGUGAUCAUAUUUAGAUCGUUAUAUUUACAAAUCAGGUAUUGAAUUGAACUUAAUGCUUCAUUAAACCAAUAACCAAAUUCACAUUAGAGACGGGAAAGUUAAUAUAUAUUUUAUUUUGUUGUUUUCAAUGACAUAUAGGGGCCGAUCAGUAAAGGGAAGUUGAAAAAAGAAGAUUUUCAGAGGAAAAUGGAGAAUAUCUCGUCAAAAUUAAAAGUUCCUUUACAGGUAUUGCAGUUUCUCUUUACCAUAUGACAAAAUAACUUUAAGGUUUUGCAAAACUUUAAUGUUAAUGUUUAUGCUAAUUAUUUUGCCAACGAUUGGUCAUACAGACUAUUGGUGGUAUUGAAUGAAAAUGUUCCUUGCUUUACCAGGUUUUUGCUGCGACUAGUAAAGAUAUUUAUCGUAAACCUAUGCAAGGCAUGUGGCGUCAUUUAGUUGAAAAGGUAUUUUAAUCUCUCUUUUAAUUUGUCGACUUCCAAAUUGGUUAUGAGUUGUAGUAGCUAUGAAGUAAACAGGAUAAAUGUUAUUUUUUAGCAAAAUCACGGCAUGCCAAUUGAUCAUACCAGAUCAUUUUACGUUGGAGGUUUGUUUAUAUGAUCUUUGUUCGUGGCACAGCGCAUGCGUCUUUCAUUUCUGCAUGUGACCAGCAAUAUGCACUGGACCUGUAGGAAGAACAUUUUAGAAUUGAUGGAGCUAUCCAGUAUAAAUAAAGUUAGUCUAGUUUAGGUUUCCUCCUGUAGUAACACUGGAUCAAUAAGAGAUUAUCCUUACUGGACCUCUGGGGAGAACAGUUUAGAACUGAUAGAGCUAUCCAGUAUAAAUAAAGUUCGUUUAGUUUAGGUUUCCUCCUGUAGUAUCACUGGGUCAAUAAGAGAUGAUCCUUACUGGACCUCUGGGGAGAACAGUUUAGAACUGAUAGAGCUAUCCAGUAUAAAUAAAGUUCGUUUAGUUUAGGUUUCCUCCUGUAGUAUCACUGGAUCAAUAAGAGAUGAUUCUUACUGGACCUCUAGGAAGAACAGUUUAGAACUGAUAGAGCUAUCCAGUAUAAAUAAAGUUCGUUUAGUUUAGGUUUCCUCCUGUAGUAUCACUGGAUCAAUAAGAGAUGAUUCUUACUGGACCUCUAGGAAGAACAGUUUAGAACUGAUAAAGCUAUCCAGUAUAAAUAAAGUUAGUUUAGUUUAGGUUCCCUCCUCAUUGUCCUGAACAUUAUGUCAUCGACUUAUUUAGAUGCCGCUGGAAGGCCUGUAAACUGGGCUCCAAAAAUGAAGAAGGAUUUUGCAUGUAGUGAUAGAACCGUAAGACUAUUACAUUGUACUAAGUUUUACUGUGCAAAUAAUCCAUGUUAAUUAAAUUACACUAUAUUAAGGAAUCUAUUAUUUUCUAUAGUUCGCGAAGAAUUUGGAGAUAUCUUUCCAUACCCCUGAAGAAUUGUUUUUGAACAAAAAGCCAGCAUCUUUUAAUUGGCCCGAGUUUAACCCGGUAAAUUAACCUCAUGAAUAUCCUUUCUUCGACACUGGUCUCAAGAUAUAACUGAAUUGUGUGAUUUAACUUUACUUUUACUAGAUGGCAAUUUCUCAGAAUGCACCGCUGUUUAUUCCAACAACGUCAAAACUUAUUUCCAAUGAACAAGAGGUUUGUACUGGAUAGCUCGAUCAGUUCUAAACUGUUCUCCCUAGAGGUCCAGUAAGGAUCAUCUCUUAUUGAUCCAGUGUUACUACAGGAGGAAACCUAAACUAAACCAACUUUAUUUAUACUGGAUAGCUGUAUCGGUUCUAAACUGUUCUUCCUAGAGGUCCAGUAAGGAUAUCUCUUAUUGAUCCAGUGUUACUACAGGAGGAAACCUAAACUAACUUUAUUUAUAUUAGAUAGCUCUAUCAGUUCUAAACUGUUCUUCCUAGCUCAUUCUGUUGAGGUUUAUUCUUAUAGGUUGUAAUAAUGGUCGGCUAUCCCGCUUGUAAGUACUGAAAACACAUUUCCUAUUAUACCUUUUACAGUGAUCUUUAGAGUAUAAAACUCCUAAAUGUGAAAAGGUUGAUAUCUUUCUUCUAUUCCAGCGGGUAAAACAACUUUUGUGAAAAAACAUCUUUUACCAAAUGGCUACGUGCAUGUCAACAGGGUAAGUUUGUACACAUUUCAUUUCGAUUUAAAAUUGUUAAAAUCCACGAGGCCAAAGUUAAAUCUAGUUAUGGAGAUUUUUACGAAACGUUUCUAGGACACAGUUGGAAAGUGGCAAAAGUGCGUGGCGAUGUGCGGCUCAGAGUUGGCGCGAAAAAAGAGCGUCGUUAUCGACAAUACAAGUCCCGAUAAAGAAUCUAGACAAAGGUCGGUGCAGUGGGUUCGGCAAGAGAACGUGUUUUGUAAAAACUAAAGAAAAUAGAGGACGAUUUUGUCCCAUUUCAGUAACAGUGAAAUCUUCAGAUCAGUCAGUCUUAGAUCUUCAUGAGCAAAUCUAAUCACGAAGCCUGCCGUGUGCCGAAUUAAUUUUACCCCGUUAUCUCAAACUCAUUAAUAAUUCAUGAGUAAAUUAGCCAACCAUAUUGCUUUAUUUUGCUCACAUGAUAAUACUGGAUACCUAACAAAGCAUAUUGUUCCAGUCCUAGGACUGGAUCAAAAUUAAUUCACCUCACUUUGCGUGGUGAUUUAUUCGCAUGAGAUGUCAUUUCAAAUCCAAUUGGACUGGACUAGAUUUCAAGUCAUCACAUCUUGAUCCAGUCCUCUGCUUCGCCUCGGGCAGUCGGACUUGGAAUCUAGUCCAGUCCUCAUAAUCAGAUUUUAAAUAUUACAUAAAGCUUAGACCAAAUUUCCUAGGUUUCAAUUCGAUUGCGUUAACUUUGUCUUCAAUUUUUUCCAGAUACAUUCAAGCGGCUAAGAAGAAGAAUGUGCCUGUUCGAUGUUUUCUUUUUAAUGUUACCCACGAUCACGCUUUGCAUAACAAUCGAGUAUGUGCCAAAUUAUGCCAAGGUCUUCGUCAGUUUUUUGACCCAGACCGAGGGCAAUAAAUUUUUUCCCUUGCGCCUGCACGCGGGCUAAAUUUUGUGUGGUUUUAUAAUAUUUGUAUUCUGUUAUAGAUAAGAGAACUAACGAAUAAAGAUAAAAAUUAUAAAUCUGUUGGGAGAAUGGUGUUUAACACAUACAGGUAAGACGCGGUUUGGAUUAAAAUUUAUCUUGCGCCUGGUUUUGAUCAGUAAAAUAUACGUUGGUCGUUGCACAAAAGUUAUUAGGGGGGAAUCCAAAGUCGCAAUAUAUUUUGCGGAUGAUCGUGGGGUGACCACAGGAGGACACUUCAAUAUUCCCAGAAAAAAACAUGGAGUCGAGCACUCUUCUUACGAAUGAGGUGAAAUUACUGAAAUAGACUAUUCCCAUUAUAGACUAAAUUUAAAACUAGGCAAGGAGAUGCAAAUAAAUCAGCACAGCUAGAAAGAACUUACUAAAAUGAGUAAAAUUGCAAAGUUUGGUUGCGAAAUGUUGUAAAAUGCGGAAAAUAUAGCCUUGCAAAGUUCGCAAAUUUUGUAUUGGGUGCAGAAAUUGCCUUGUGGCUGUUAGCUUGUGUGAGCGUGAUAGCAAAACUGUUUUGAAGGAGCCAGACUUAAAUUUUUUCCCGGAACAAUUUAUUUUGGCAACUUCCCCCCCCCCCCGUCGCCAAAAAAAUUUCGGUCAGUGUACCAUUUUAGGCGUCCAAAAAUUUUUCGGACAUACCCAAAUUUUUCGGAACAUCAAACAAAUUUCCCCAAAAAUCUAACAUAAUUUCCCACAAAAUUUGUCCCAUUUAUUUUUAUAAUAACCAAAUAUUGCCAGACUGUGAAGCGAAUAUUGCCCAACUGGCUUUGUUUGCCCAACAAACUGCGGUUAUUAUUAAGAGAGAUUUUCUUGUUUUGACUACUUUUUGCCCGACUUUUGUUGAACAUUUGCCCGACUUUUCGACUUUGUAAUCUUUUCGACUUUGCAGCUGCCCCCCCCCCCGCCCCGUACGUGCAUAGGCUAUAUUUUCCGCAUUUUACAACAUUUGGCAACCAAACUUUGCAAUUUUACUCAUUUUAGCAUGCUCUUUCUAGCAGUGAUUUAUCUCCUUGCCUAGUUUUAAAAUUAGUCUAUAAUGGGAAUUGUCUAUUAUAAUCAGAUUACAGCAUAUACCAAUGGUCAGACGGGUGAAAAACCCUAAAAAAAUACAGCAGUCUAAUAUUAUAAUUCCACCAAGUGGAGUGCAAGAAACCAGAUCAUUAAAACGACCCUCGCUUUGUUUAGGUCGUCCUACCAAGAGCCAAAUACGAAUGAAGGAUUCAAAGAAAUUCUACAUAUCAACUUCCUACCUCACUUUGAAACAACUUCCAUGAAAGAAAUGUACAUGCAAUAUACCGAAUAG